CGCCCCCAUGUCAUGAGGCGGAUGUGCGGGCGACCUCGUCCUCCCGGCGCCUCUUGUCGUGGGUCUGGGGCAGCAGGCAGGGUCCAGCCCUCACUGCCACCCAGAGAGCAACUGCCGCACCUCCCCCCCCACCACCCCGCAACCAGUGACUGUGGCCUUUUGUUUUCUGGGUGACACUCGCAUCAGGCGGUGUGUUCAGCUGACUAAUCUCCUCCGGGCUGGGCAGCUGUCAUAGGGCGGCCUGACCAGGCGGGCAGGGAAAGCUGAUACCCUGGGGCAGUGCUGGCAGGACGGUGCCCUGGGCAGUGGGCAGCUGGGCCUUUAGGCUCCUCUUCCUGGGUGCAGAGCAGACCCUGCAUCAGGCAGCCCUGGGUUCAGGUCCCAGCCCUGCCGCUGACCAGCCGAAUGAUCUUGGAGCGCGUUACUGCACCUCGUCCGGCCUGUUUCCUCAUCUCUGGAAUGGAGCCAUCGAUCCUGCCUGCCUCAGGAGGUGGUGGUAUUGAGGAUCAAACGAGAUGAUAAACGAACGCACUUAGCCCAGGGCCUGUCGCAUAGUAGGUGAUGGGUAAAUGGGACCGCUACUGUCCUUAUUGUGGCUCCCUUCCCUCUCCCCCAUCCCACCUUAGUCCCAGCUCGUGGCCCAGCGGGGAAGACCCUGCUCUCUGCCGCGUCUCUGGGGCGCGGGCUUUGGGGUUCAGGUAGAGGCAAGUUCCAGAAGUGGCUCCGCACAGACUAGUUGUGCACUUUGGGUGAGUUACCGCCGCAGUCUACCAUGAGGAAUGGGGCAUGAUACGGUAUCUAUUCUUUAGGGCGCUGUGUUUAUUUAUUUAUUUAAAUUUUAUUUAUUUAUUUAUUUAUUUAUUUUUGGCUGCAUCGGGUCUUCGUUGCUGUGCGCAGCUUUCUCUAGUUGCGGCAAGCAGGGGCUACUCUUUGCUGUGGUGCGCGGGCUUCUCAUUGCGGUGGCUUCUCUUGUUGCGGAGCACGGGCUCUAGGCGCGCAGGCUUCAGUAGUUGUGGCUCGCGGGCUCUAGAGCUCAGGGUCAGUAGUUGUGGCGCACAGGCUUCGUUGCUCCGUGGUAUGUGGGAUCUUCCCGGACCGGGGCUCGACCCCGUGUCCCCUGCAUUGGCAGGCGGAUUUUUAACCACUGUGCCACCAGGGAAGUCCCUGGGGUGCUGUGGUUUAUAAAAUGGUACACAUGUUUGCAGAGGGCUUAGAACCGCGCCUGUUACAGGUGGGCACUCAGUAAACGUAAGCCGUGAUGGCAUUGACUUUAGGAGGAAGCCAAGAUCUCUCCUGCCUUUCUUCCUGUCACCUGCAGAGGCUGGUGGACUGUAAGAGGCAGAGACCCAGAGCUGGGCAGACCCGAGCACUGCUUCUCCAGACAUGGGUGCCUCCAUGUCAGUACCUCCACAGCCGUCCAGGGCCCUGCCUGACACUGCCUGCCCGGACCCACAGGGCAGUAGCAAAUCAAGGGUGUGGGUGGUGGAUGGAAGGAGUAGGCGCUGGACAUGCAGCCCAGCCCUGAUUCCUCAGACCCAUCAUCUUCCACCUUUUGUCCAGGGCUCCCACCCUCUCUCAGAGGCCCUCAGCUAGCAGAAGUAUCCUGUCAGCCCCAGGCAGGUGUCCCACGGCCGUGACUGAGACCUCCCUGUGGCUGCCAGGGCCCAGGAGAGUACUUGAUGGCAGGACACAGGUGUCCCUGGGAAUUCUGGAGGCGUUGCCCCCCUGAAGCAUACCAGGCUUCCUGACCCUCCCGCACUGUUAGGGGGAGGUGAGGGCGCAGGUGCUCCCAGCCGCCUGCGCAGAAGGGGCGGCGGGGGGUAGGUGAGCUGGCAAAGGAAGCGGAGCCUGUGUUCAGACCAGGUCAAGGGAGGAUGGCUUGAGCAAGGGUGGCCCCCAAGGCUCCUGCAGGAGGGAGCUCUGGGUAGCUUAGUGUCUGGAAUUCUCAGCGUUUGGGCUUCGAGCAUUGGCCCCCAGAUCAAGGUGCAGUUCAUGGGCUUCCUCAGCAGCAGAGCUGGAAGGGUUUUCCGACAUCAUCCAGCACUUUCACACAUGGAAUGUCCAUACUGUGCCUCUUCAGAAAGGUAAAACCAGGAAAGUUCUUACUCAGCCCCUCAGGGCAAGAGCACACAUGCACCCAGAGCCCAGAGGCACUCUCUUGGCUCUUGUGGCUUCCCACACAAAGUCCCCCUGGUGGCUUCUCUCCCUGUGCAGCUGCCUCUCCAGUUUUCGGUGGGCCUUAGUUCCCCAGGGCCUUCAAUCCCCAAGGCAGACGUCAGAUCCUCUCCAUUUCUAGUGCCACUGUCAGCCUGACCGCAAGUCAGGGGGUCGUAUCAGGACUGAAUUUCUCUUCAGAGAGCCUCAUUUUCUUACCAUGGCUUAGUUUGUGCCAUGUUCCAGGAGGGGACACCUAAGCCUAACCUGCCCUGUGUUGGUGGCAAAACAAAGGCCUAAGGAGAGGAAAAGCCUUGCCCUCAGCCCUUCAGUCUGUCUAGGUCGGCUCCAGGCUUCCACCUUCCUUUUUCUUUUCUUUUCCAUCAGCUUCAGGCAAGGGACUUGAAGUCCUUUAGGCUAGAGCUUGGUGGAUCAUGGUGCCUGGACAGGGGAACCAGAUGGGUAGCUGGCAGCCCCUCCUACCCAGUACUCCUGGGGCCACACAGGGACGGAACUGGGAAGAGCACUAGUGCGUCCAACAGUGAUGAGUGCAGGCUCCCUGCUGGAUCCUCUGGCACCCUCAGGCACCCGUUUACGGAGCUCAGAGGCCACAGACGCCGCCCCCAUGCCUCCCAAGUGUCCCUUCUCUGCUCAAAGGGCAGAGGCUGUGAUGGGCUCCCGGGCACAGGAUGCGCCGUGGCCUGGCCCAGCUCCUCACGCUCCCGGUCUCUACCCAACAGCCACCCGCCUACCCCCGCCAUGGAGACCUUCUUUAGGAGACACUUCCAGCGGAAGGCACCAGGCCCUGCAGAGGGGCAGAGGCGGCCCGGCGGCGUGGGGCUGCCCACGGGCAAGGCCCGGCGCCGCUCGCCUGCAGGGCAGGCCUCCUCCUUGCUGGUCCAGCGGCGCCGCUCCAGCGCACAGCUCCAGGGCUGCCUCCUGGGCUGCGGGGUGGGGGCCCGGCGCUCCAGCCGCCGGCGCUCCAGCACCGCGCCCCCCGCCUGCAACCCCCGCUUCACCGUGGAUGAGGUGCCCGCCCUGCAGCCUGCCGCUGUUGGGGCCCCACGUCUGGGCGCACCCCUGCUGUUGGCCGGGCUCUUGGGCAUGGAUGAGGAGGGGGGGAUCCAGGAGGAGGAUGUGACAGUUGCAUCAUUGAUGGCCACCCAGCCAGGCACCAAGAGACCGGGGCCAUCCCCACAUCGGGGAGCCCUGCCCCUGCUACCCAUUCCCCGCUGGCGCCGGCGCCGGGCCUCCUCCCACCUGCUGCCCGCUGACGUGGUGAAAGACCGCGCCCUCUGGGGCCUGCACGGUUACUACCGGCCCCUCAGCCAGCAGCGGCCCUCAGGCCAGCACCUCAGCCUGGGGGGCCGAAGAGCCUCGGGCACUGCAGCUGGCCCCGGGAUGCCUGCCUGCAUGCGCCCGCUGUCCCGCAGACGCCAGGUAGCCCUGCGGCGCAAGUCAGCCGGACCCCAGACCUGGAGUGCCCUGCUCGCGAAAGCCAUCACCAAGUCAGGCCUCCAGCACCUGGCACCCCCUCCUCCUGCUCCCGGGGCCCCGCGCAGUGAGCCUGAGCACCAGAUCCGGAGCACUGUGGACUGGAGCGAGUCAGCGACGUAUGGGGAACACAUCUGGUUUGAGACCAACGUGUCCGGGGACUUCUGCUAUGUUGGAGAGCAGUACUGUGUAGCCAAGAUGCUGCAGAAAUCAGUGUCCCGGAGAAAGUGUGCAGCUUGCAAGAUUGUGGUGCACACCCCCUGCAUUGAACAGCUAGAGAAGAUAAAUUUCCGCUGUAAGCCAUCCUUCCGUGAAUCAGGCUCCAGGAACGUCCGUGAGCCAACCUUUGUGCGGCACCACUGGGUACACAGGCGGCGCCAGGAUGGCAAGUGUCGGCACUGCGGGAAGGGCUUCCAGCAGAAGUUCGCCUUCCACAGCAAGGAGAUCGUGGCCAUCAGCUGCUCCUGGUGCAAGCAGGCAUACCACAGCAAGGUGUCCUGCUUCCUGCUGCAGCAGAUCGAGGAGCCGUGCUCCCUGGGGGUCCACGCCGCCGUGGUCAUCCCGCCCACCUGGAUCCUCCGUGCCCGCAGGCCCCAGAAUACCCUCAAGGCAAGCAAGAAGAAGAAGAGGGCAUCCUUCAAGAGGAAAUCUAGCAAGAAAGGGCCUGAGGAGGGCCGCUGGAGACCCUUCAUCAUCAGGCCCACCCCGUCCCCCCUCAUGAAGCCCCUGCUGGUGUUCGUGAACCCCAAGAGUGGGGGCAACCAGGGCGCCAAGAUCAUCCAGUCCUUCCUCUGGUAUCUCAAUCCCCGGCAAGUCUUUGACCUGAGCCAGGGAGGGCCCAAGGAGGCGCUGGAGAUGUACCGCCGGGUGCACAACCUGCGGAUCCUGGCCUGCGGGGGUGAUGGCACGGUUGGCUGGAUCCUCUCCACCCUGGACCAGCUGCGCUUAAAACCACCGCCGCCCGUCGCCAUCCUGCCCCUGGGCACCGGCAACGACUUGGCCCGCACCCUCAACUGGGGUGGGGGCUACACCGAUGAGCCUGUGUCCAAGAUCCUCUCCCACGUAGAGGAGGGCAACGUGGUGCAGCUGGACCGCUGGGACCUCCGUGCUGAGCCCAACCCCGAGGCGGGGCCUGAGGAGCGAGAUGAGGGGGCCACCGACCGGCUGCCGCUGGAUGUCUUCAACAACUACUUCAGCCUGGGCUUUGAUGCCCACGUCACCCUGGAGUUUCACGAGUCUCGAGAGGCCAACCCAGAGAAAUUCAACAGCCGCUUUCGGAAUAAGAUGUUUUACGCCGGGACAGCCUUCUCCGACUUCCUGAUGGGCAGCUCCAAGGACUUGGCCAAGCACAUCCGCGUGGUGUGUGACGGGACUGACCUGACCCCCAAGAUUCAGGACCUGAAACCCCAGUGCAUUGUUUUCCUGAACAUCCCCAGGUACUGUGCGGGCACCAUGCCCUGGGGCCACCCUGGGGAGCACCAUGACUUCGAGCCCCAGCGGCACGACGAUGGCUACCUCGAGGUUAUUGGCUUUACCAUGACGUCCCUGGCAGCACUGCAGGUGGGCGGGCACGGCGAGCGGCUGACACAGUGCCGAGAGGUGCUGCUCACCACGUCCAAGGCCAUCCCAGUGCAGGUGGAUGGUGAGCCCUGCAAGCUCGCAGCCUCACGCAUCCGCAUCUCCCUGCGCAACCAGGCCACCAUGGUGCAGAAGGCCAAGCGGCGGAGCGCCGCCCCCCUGCACAGCGACCAGCAGCCGGUGCCGGAGCAGCUGCGGAUCCAGGUGAGCAGGGUCAGCAUGCACGACUACGAGGCCUUGCACUAUGACAAGGAGCAGCUCAAAGAGGCCUCCGUGCCGUUGGGCACCGUGGUGGUCCCGGGAGACAGCGACCUGGAGCUGUGCCGUGCCCACAUCGAGAGGCUCCGGCAGGAGCCCGAAGGUGCUGGAGCCAAGUCCCCGAUGUGCCAGAAACUCUCCCCCAAGUGGUGCUUCCUGGAUGCCACCACUGCUAGCCGCUUCUACAGAAUCGACAGGGCCCAGGAACACCUCAACUACGUGACGGAGAUCGCACAGGAUGAGAUUUAUAUCCUGGACCCUGAGCUGCUGGGGGCGUCUGCCCAACCCGACCUCCCAACCCCCUCUUCCCCCCUCCCCACCUCGCCCUGCUCACCCAGGCCCCGGUCACUGCCAGGGGAUGCUGCACCCCCUACAGGUGAAGAGCUGAUCGAGGCUGCCAAGAGGAACGAUUUCUGUAAGCUCCAGGAGCUGCACCGAGCCGGGGGUGACCUCAUGCACCGAGACGAGCGGAGCCGCACGCUCCUGCACCACGCCGUCAGCACCGGCAGCAAGGAAGUGGUCCGCUACCUGCUGGACCACGCCCCCACAGAGAUCCUUGAUGCUGUGGAGGAAAAGACUCUGAACUUCCUGCCCUUUCUGAUGGCCUUCGGGAGACAGGAGGGCUCAGAGGACUGGAUGGGGUCCACAGCCAGCCCCUGUUCCCCCAGCGGGGAGACCUGUCUGCACCAGGCCGCAGCCCUGGGCCAGCGCACCAUCUGCCACUACAUCGUGGAGGCCGGGGCCUCUCUCAUGAAGACAGACCAGCAGGUCCCUGAGGUGAUGGCAGCCCCCCGCCUCAUCCAGGGCGACACUCCCCGGCAGCGGGCUGAGAGGGCUCAGGACACGGAACUGGCCGAGUACCUGGAGAACCGGCAGCACUACCAGAUGAUCCAGCGGGAGGACCAGGAGACGGCUGUGUGAGGCCGCAGCAGGAGGGAUGGGCCGCCAGAGCACCAGCCCCUCCUCGCCCACCUCACUGCCACAUUCCAGUCGGAUGGCCACAGAGGGACCCGGGACCCGGGACCCAAGCCCCAGGGAAGGAGCCCUGUGCUGCUCCCUGAGGAGCUGCCCAGACCUAGGGCUGGACUCUGAGGGGCGGGGGGCCGGGUGGGGGGGGUCUCACCCGGCCCCCUGAGGCCACAGCCUAACCCAGAGGCUCACAGGGGACCAGGAAACUGGACCGGGCUGGGCAGACCAUUGAGGGGGCUGGGGGGGCCCCUCACCUUCCCUGCAGUGGGUGCCCUGGAGUUGAGGGCCUGCAGCCCGGAGGGCAGAGGGCCUUGAGGCCCCGUGAGGGAGCCCCCAGGAAGGCGCUUCCUAAGCCUCCGGGUCCUUUAGGACCCUCACUCUGAGGUUCCUGGGAGCUUGGGCCCCUCUCCUGCCCUGACACCACCCCCCCACCCCCGCCCCCAGGGCUUCUUCCCGGAAACACGGAGCCUGCUGCAUCUGCCUGCCCGCUGCCCUGCUUAGCACCUACCCGGUGACCCUUCUCCCAAACCCAGUCAUUUCACCUCCGACUGUGUGGCCUGGGGGGCGGGGGGGGGUGGCUUUCACGGUGACAUGUUUACAGCUGGGUGUGACUCAGUAAAGUGGAUUUUUUUUUCCUUUC